CCAGGCGCUUCAAUCUUCAGUCCAUACGACAAAUUUUCGGUGUCGGCUCGUGUACGUGAAAAAUUUGUUCUCAGUUAAACCCAAGUUUUAUCAUCGUCAAAUCGCUGAUCCCCGAGGCCAAUUAAUCGCUAAAUAAUCACAAUAUCCUGGGCGAACGAAUUUAAAUAACUCCCAGUGAAUAACCAAAGAGAGGCCAUACAAUAUGACGGACCGUAAAGCUGUUAUUAAAAAUGCUGAUAUGUCGGAGGAGAUGCAGCAGGAUGCUGUCGAUUGUGCAACCCAGGCACUGGAAAAAUACAAUAUCGAGAAGGAUAUUGCCGCAUUUAUCAAGAAAGAAUUCGACAAAAAGUACAACCCCACGUGGCACUGCAUCGUUGGACGUAACUUCGGCAGCUACGUAACGCAUGAAACAAGACAUUUCAUCUACUUCUACCUGGGUCAGGUGGCGAUUCUCCUCUUCAAGAGUGGAUAAGCUGCAUAAUAACAAAAUCAUCAACUUCUCUGUACCCAAACGAAAACAGGAAAAAAAAAGCAACUACCCCCUCCCUCCUCCAUUCUGUCCACCUCGAGAUUCGUAAUUCCUUGAAAUAAAUUUCCCCAAAUGUCUGAUAGCUCAUUGUUUUUGAGAGAGAAAGAGAGAGAGUCCUAGCAUCAAGACAAAUGUAAUAAGAGACUAAAUAUCGAUGGUAUCAUCCUGAUGUUGUUAAAUGGUUACUCGUGAGAUCGAGUAUAAAUGAUGUGUAGAAAAAUAAUAACUGAAAUCUAAGGGUAGGGGGACUUACUCUGAAAAAAAAAAACGAAAAAAAGCAUGCCAAUGUACAUGUUCAAAUGUAACAAACGUAUGCAGAAAAAAAAAACUUUGUUGUGUUCUUGUUUUAUAUUAGGUAUAUCUACGGUUGGGUUCAAUGCUGGCGGUUUUUAAUUCAUAAUUUAAAAAUUUUGAAGAUGAAAAAUUACUUAUAGUUUAUGUACAAAGCGACAACAACUGGCAAUUCGUGAAAAAAAUCGUUGAAUUGUCGUCAUUAUGGAGGGGAUUAUUAAUUGAAAUUGCACGUGUGAAUAACCAGUCGCCAAUGAUGAACGCAAGCCUGUAUUUUUUUUUCUUUUUUUUUUCAUUUACAAAACAACAAAAUACUGAUGGAGUGAACAGCUAUUAUAUCGACUUAUCCGGAAUAACAGUCCCUCGAUCAAAAUUUAUCAUUCUGAUUCACCAAUGUACUUUUAUUCAUCUCUGUCAUUUUUUUUCUCACUCGGUUUUAUUGAAUUUUUGUUUGUUCAGUGCUAACAAAUAUUAAAAAAACGUUCAUUACAUCAA